AUGCAGCCCAUCCCCGCAGGUUAUCCCAUAGAAAAGCUAUCUGGACCUUUGAUCGUCGCCCCUCUCUUGCACUGGGGACUCUUCGGGACCCUUUCUGUGCAGCUGUAUCUGUACUAUCUGGCAUUUCCGAACGACAGACAAUUCACAAAGUAUCUCGUCUAUGGCAUCUACAUCGUCGAAUUUGUUCAGACGAUGUUUGUCACCCACGACACCUUUGCAACGUUCGGGUACGGUUUCGGUGAUAUGCAAGCCCUCACCGACAUGCAUUUUAAUUGGCUCACUGUCCCCAUCAUGAGUGGUGUUGUUGCUUGUGUCGGGCAGGUUUUCUAUGCCUACCGAAUCUACAUAUUGUCAAAGUCACCAAUUGUCCCGAUAUUGGUCACCUGUGUUUCUUUGACCAGCUCUGUGGCAGCUAUGAUCACAGGCGCCUACUCGUUCCAAGCAGGCAACGUCACUGAACUCAAUAACAGGAGGACGACCAUUGCCGUCGGGAUUUGGUGUGGAGCCUCCGCCGUGUGUGAUAUCAUCAUCGCUAUCUGCAUGACUUUCUACCUUAUGCGCGGCGGUACUUGUUUCCGUCGUACCCGAAUGCUUGUAACGAAGCUAAUUCGCCUCACUAUUGAAACGGGAUCUGUGACAGCUGUUGUCGCUCUGCUCAACCUUAUCCUCUUUCUUGCGUUCCCUCAUCAGACUUUCUACGGGACAACAGCCCUCAUCAUUCCCAAGCUGUAUUCUAAUACUGUCUAUAUGGUCCUGAAUUCACGAAUCCAAAUUCUGGGCGGACGGGAUACCUAUACGUCAUCAUCCGAUAUGAGCAUCACGUCCACGAUGAUACGGGAUGUCAGUUCUCCAACGACGCAAGACUUACGGCGGACGGAUGGGAUGCAACAACGGGUACCAGUGGUUGCGAUAACUAAGGAGGUGUUCAACGCUGAUUUUGGAAUGGGUCGCAUAAAUGACAAACCACAGGACAAAAGCAGGGGCUACGCCUCGUAA